GCGCCGCUGUGCUCCUCCCACCGGCCGGUCCCUGAGGAAGGACGUUCUAGCCGGCCGCCUACUCGAUGGUGGGGCCCGGGGCCAGCCGGGCCCUGGGCGCCGCCACGUUGGAAGCUGAGGGUGGGAGUCACGGCUGCGACAGCCCCGGGCGCUACCAGAGCCGGGCGAGCUCCGCUGGGCAGAUGCUGGAAGUGCGCCCGGGGCUGUACCUGGGGGGAGCAGCGGCUGUGGCAGAGCCGGACCGCCUGAAGAAGGCGGGCAUCACGGCGGUGCUGACGGUGGACUCAGAGGAGCCCGACUUCAGGACGGCACUUGGGGUCGAGGGUCUGCGGAGGCUCUUCGUGCCGGCGCUGGACAAGCCCGAGACCGACUUGCUCAGCCAUCUGGACGGGUGCGUGGCCUUCAUUGGCCAGGCCCGCGCCGAGGGUCGUGCGGUGUUGGUGCACUGUCAUGCAGGAGUCAGUCGAAGUGUGGCUAUAAUAACUGCUUUUAUGAUGAAGACUGACCAACUUACCUUUGAAAAAGCCUAUGAAAACCUCCAGACUAUCAAGCCAAAGGCUAAGAUGAAUGAGGGGUUUGAGUGGCAAUUGAAAUUAUACCAGGCAAUGGGAUACCGAGUAGAUACCUCUAGUGCAAUUUAUAAGCAAUAUCGUUUACAAAAGGUUACAGAGAAGUAUCCAGAAUUGCAGAACUUACCUCAAGAACUUUUUGCUGUUGACCCAACCACCCUUUCACAAGGAUUGAAAGAUGAGGUUCUCUACAAAUGUAGAAAGUGCAGGAGGUCUUUAUUUCGAAGUUCUAGCAUUUUGGAUCAUAAUGAAGGAAGUGGUCCUAUAGCUUUUGCCCACAAGAGAAUGAUACCAUCUUUCAUGCCAACCACAGGGAGUCAGGCUCAAUGUACAUCUUAUUUCAUUGAACCUGUACAGUGGAUGGAAUCUACUUUGUUGGGAGUAAUGGAUGGACAGCUUCUUUGCCCCAAAUGCAAUGCCAAGUUGGGUUCUUUCAAUUGGUAUGGUGAACAGUGCUCAUGCGGUAGAUGGAUAACACCUGCUUUUCAAAUACAUAAGAAUAGAGUGGAUGAAAUGAAAAUGCUGCCAGUUUUGGGAUCACAAGCAAGAAAAAUAUGAACUUGUGACAUUCAAUAGCUGGGAAAGAAACAAGCUGAUGGAUGCAAGAAGUAUCUAUGAAGUAUUCCUGCAAAAACAAAUGAGAAAACCAAAGCACCCAAACAAGCCUUUAGAUUUAACUGGCAGUUUACAAGAACAAAUUGCCAUGAAGCUACAAUCAACAGAAUCACGAAGUAGAAAUUCUGGACAAAUUCUUCAACAAAAGGCAUGGGUUGAAGAAAUUAUUACAUAAACCAAAUGCAGUGUGACAGUCUAGUUUGGAUCAUGAUUUAAACCAACCAUAGAAAGGCAUUCUGAGACAAUUAAAAAUACAAUGGGUAUUAGAUGAUAUUGCAGAAUUACUAAUUUUGUUGGAUAUGAUGAUGGUACUUAAGUUAUGUUUUUUAAGUUUUUCAAAAAAGUUUAAAAGAAAACAUUUUUUGGGAUAUGUAUUGAGGUAUUUAUAGGUGAAAUAACAUGAUACCUGGGAUUUGCUUUAAGACACUUCAGGGGGAAAGGCAAAUGAAAAAUAAGUGUUGUGGGGGAAAGAGGAUAAAAUAAGAAUGGCAAAUUGAAGCUGGGUGCUAGGAACAAGGAUUCAUUCAUACUGUCUUCUGUGUUUGACAUUUUACAUAUUAAAGGUUAAAAAUUAACAAAAAUGAAUUUUAAAAGGUUAGUGCUUGCAUACAGUAAUUUUUCUACAUAGAAUAUCCUAGAGAAUUUACAGACAAAAUGUUAGGAUCACAUAAUUUAGCAAGGUUUUUCGGAUGCAAGAUUGCCGUACAAAAAUCAAGUGUUACUAUACCCCAGCAAUAACCAAAUAGAAAAAGAAAAGGUGGAAAACAAAACUAUGCAACUAUGGAAAGAAAAUUUAAAAGGAAAUCUUAAUAACUUCAUGAGAGGGAAGGAUUUCUUAUGCAAAAUACAAAUAGCAGAGAUCAUAAAAGAUUGAUAAAUUUGGUUACAUUGAAAUUAAAACUGAGGAUAAAAACCCCAUAAAAAGAGAAGGCCAACCUAGGAGAAGGUACCUGGAACAUACACACCAGUUAAAUUAAAUGAGUAAGAAAAUCAGCAAAUUUUAUAAAAGACCAGAAUAGGCAAUUCACAGAAGAGAAAAGGUUUAAUAAAGGUGGAAAAGAGGCACCACCUCUUUGUCAGGGAAAUGUAUAGUCACACCCUUCACAGUGGCAAAAAAAAAAGCCUGGCCUAUCUUGGUGAAAACAGAGCAGAAAGCCUCACUGCUGGCUAGAGUGUAAGUUGGUAUAACUUGGCAAAUACUAAUACUCCUCCUCUCUGACUGACCCAGGAUGUAUCUUAAAUACAUUCCUUCAUAUAUAUAUAUGUCCAAAGACCCAUACAAUGGUAUAUUUUAUGAAAAAGUAAAAAAUUGAGACAACCUUAAUAUCCAUCAGUAGGGAAAUUUAAAAAAAAUUGUGAUAUAUAUGUAUUCAGGGAAGUACCAUGUAACAGUUAAAACAUGAAAAAUCAGAAGUAAUGUUGAAUAAGAAAAUGAUUUGGAGAACAUGAUUAUGGAAAUUUAAAAAUCCCCAGAAAACACUAAAUGUAUCUAAACAUAUUUAAACAGCAUAAAAGUAAAGAUAAAAAUGGACUUGAAUGAUUCUUUAAAAAUUCAUAAUAGAAAUUGUCCAUGUGGAGGGAGGGAAAUCAAGCAGAGGAAACAGCAUGGUUUACCUGUAAUGUUUAAUUUCUUACAAAAAAUCUGAAAUGAAAAUUGAAAAUUAGUGUUUGUUAAUUUUUGGUGAUAGGCACACAAAUGUGUUUCAUAAUUAUCUGCACUUUUUGAAUAAAAACUUUGAAAAUUAAAAAAAA